UCCGCACCAAGGCGUGCACGGUCUGUGCGCUUUAGAGCGGAGCGGGAAACCCCGGGCUCCUGCAGCUUUGAAGAGCUUUUCCCUGCGGCUCCCGUGAGGGGACAGACAAGUCCACACGGCUAGGUGGCCGCAGUCCCCGGGCCCUCUGGCGCGCCUCCCUCCCGUGCCCACGGCUCAGCCAGCGCAGCUUGGCCAGCCGAGGCUAUGGACUCGGAGGAUGACCCGUUGUUGCAGGAUGUGUGGCUAGAGGAGGAGCAGGAAGAGGAGGAAGCAACAGGUGAGGCCUUUAGGAGAGCUCAGAAACCAGGGCCUCAGGCUGGGGCAGGGGGACAGUGUUGCUGGCGGCACUGGACCUUGCCCUCUCGGCCCCCAGCCUCGGGCUUCUGGAGUACCUUGGGUUGGGCCUUUACCAAUCCGUGCUGUGCGGGGCUGGUGCUCUUCCUGGGCUGCAGCAUCCCCAUGGCCCUGUCAGCCUUCAUGUUCCUCUACUACCCGCCGCUGGACAUUGACAUCUCCUACAACGCCUUUGAGAUCCGAAACCACGAGGCCUCCCAGCGUUUCGAUGCCCUUGCACUGGCACUUAAGUCCCAGUUUGGGUCCUGGGGACGUAACCGGCGUGACUUAGCUGACUUCACCUCUGAGACACUCCAGCGCCUCAUCUCAGAGCAGCUGCAGCAGCUGCAUCUCGGCAACCGCUCGAGAAGGGCCGCCAGGUUCCCAAGCUCUAUCCCUGUGGUCCCAGCGUCUGGCCCAGGCCCGGGGUGGGACUUCUCUGCCUCUGGGAAACCAGCGGCCAAUCGGAGUAGGCGUCUUCGAAGGGAAUCCACCGUGGUGGAUCUGGCAGCCAACCAGAGUGAAGCUCCGAUGGGCCGGGGGCUGGACAAGCAUGGGCGGUGCCAAGUGGAUACUCCGCCCACCAUGACCAAUCAGAGCCGUGCGCGACGGGGCACCUCGCGUUGGGACUAUUCUCGCGCCUAUGUGAGCACCAAUACCCAGACUCACGCGCACUGGCGAAUCGAGCUUAUCUUCCUGGCACGCGGCGAUGCAGAACGGAACAUUUUCACCAGUGAGCGUCUGGUGACAAUCCACGAAAUUGAGCGCAAAAUCAUGGACCAUCCAGGCUUCAGGGAGUUCUGCUGGAAGCCCCAUGAAGUGCUCAAGGACCUACCACUAGGCUCCUACUCCUACUGCUCCCCGCCCAGCUCACUCAUGACCUACUUCUUCCCCACGGAGAGGGGCGGCAAGAUCUAUUACGACGGCAUGGGCCAGGACCUGGCAGACAUCCGGGGUUCCCUGAAGCUGGCCAUGACCCACCCCGAGUUCUACUGGUACGUGGAUGAGGGGCUCUCUGCAGAAAACCUCAAGAGCUCCCUCCUGAGGAGUGAGAUCCUGUUUGGAGCACCCCUGCCCAACUACUACUCUGUAGAUGACCGCUGGGAGGAGCAGCGCUCCAAGUUUCAGAGUUUCGUGGUCACCUACGUGGCCAUGCUGGCCAAGCAGUCUACUAGCAAAGUCCAGGUUCUUUAUGGGGGGACAGACCUCUUUGAUUAUGAAGUGCGCAGAACCUUCAACAACGACAUGCUCCUGGCCUUUAUCAGCAGCAGCUGCAUCGCCGCCCUUGUUUACAUUCUCACCUCCUGCUCAGUGUUUCUGUCCUUCUUUGGGAUUGCCAGCAUCGGCCUCAGCUGCCUGGUGGCCCUCUUCCUGUACCACGUGGUCUUUGGUGUCCAGUACUUGGGCAUCCUCAAUGGCGUGGCUGCCUUCGUGAUAGUGGGCAUUGGUGUGGACGAUGUCUUCGUGUUCAUCAACACCUACCGCCAGGCCACCCACCUGGAAGACCCGCAGCUUCGGAUGAUCCACACCAUCCAGACGGCAGGAAAAGCCACCUUCUUCACCUCCCUGACCACGGCCGCCGCCUACGCAGCUAAUGUCUUCUCCCAGAUCCCGGCCGUCCAUGACUUUGGCCUGUUCAUGUCUCUCAUCGUGUCCUGCUGCUGGCUGGCUGUGCUCUUCACCAUGCCUGCUGCCCUGGGCAUCUGGAGCCUCUACAUGGCACCACUAGAGGGCGCCUGCCAGACCAGCUGCCACCAGAAGUGUGGCCGCAAGAGCUCCCUGCACAUCCCCGGGGACAUGUUCGCCACUCCCGAGAGGGCUGGGGACAGCCCAGCCCAGGGCCCCAUGCCCUACCUGGACGACGACAUCCCCUUGCUGAAUGUGGAAGAAGAGCCAGUGUCUCUGGAGCUGGGCGACGUGUCUCUGGUGUCUGUGCCCCCCGAGGGUCCACAGCCGGCCCCUGACAGGGGCAGCCGGGGGCAGCUCAUCGCUCACCUGCAGGAGCUGCUGCACCACUGGGUGCUGUGGUCAGCUGUCAAGAGCCGCUGGGUGAUUGUGGGGCUCUUUGUCUCCAUCCUCAUCCUGUCCCUGGUGUUCGCCAGCCGGCUCCGCCCCGCCAGCCGAGCCCCGCUGCUCUUUCGGCCUGAUACCAACAUCCAGGUGCUGCUGGACCUCAAAUACAACCUGAGCGCCGAGGGCAUCUCCUGUAUCACCUGUUCAGGUCUCUUCCAGGAGAAGCCCCACAGCCUGCAGAGCAACAUCCGCACGUCCCUGGAGAAGAAGAAGCGGGGCUCAGGGGUCCUGUGGGCCGGCCGGCCCGAGACCACCCUGCAGGACUCCCCAGGCACCGUGUACGUCUCCAAGGUGAUGAGCAGAGGCCACCCGGCCGUCUACAGGUUCUCCCUCAACGCCAGCCUGCCCGCCCCUUGGCAGAUCGUGUCUCCGGGGGAUGGGGAGGUGUCCUCCUUCCAGGUGUAUAGAGCGCCUUUUGGUAACUUCACCAAGAAGCUGACCGCUUGUAUGUCUACAGUAGGGCAGCUCCAGGCGGCGAGCCCCACCCGCAAGUGGCUGGUGACGACCUUGGCCUGCGACACCAAGCGGGGCUGGAAGUUUGACUUCAGCUUCUACGUGGCCGCCAAGGAGCAGCAGCACACCCGGAAACUGUACUUCUCGCAGUCCCACAGGCCGCCCUUCCACGGGCGCGUGUGUGCUGCGCCUCCCGGCUGCCUGCUCAGCUCCAGCCCCGAUGGGCCCACCAAAGGCUUCUUCUAUGUGCCCAGUGAGAAAGGGCCCAGGGCCCGCCUCUCGGCCACCUUCGGCUUCAACCCCUGCGUGAAUACAGGCUGCGGGAAGCCGGCAGUGCGGCCGCUGGUGGACACGGGCGCCAUGGUCUUCGUUGUCUUUGGCAUUGUGGGCAUCAACCGCACACGGCAGGUGGACAACCACGUCAUCGGGGACCCGGGCAGCGUCAUCUAUGACGGCAGCUUUGACCUCUUCAAAGAAAUUGGGCACCUGUGUCGCCUCUGCAAGGCCAUCGCGGGGAACGCAGAGCUGGUGAAGCCAGGCGGCGCCCAGUGCCUGCCCUCAGGCUACAGCAUCUCCUCCUUCCUGCAGAUGCUGCACCCUGAGUGCAGGGAGCUGCCCGAGCCCAACCUGCUCCCCGGGCAGCUGUCGCACGGGGCCGUGGGUGUCAAGGAGGGACGCGUGCAGUGGAUCUCCAUGGCCUUUGAGUCGACCACAUACAAGGGCAAGUCCUCCUUCCAGACCUACUCGGACUACCUGCGCUGGGAGAGCUUCCUGCAGCAGCAGCUGCAGGUGUUCCCCGAGGGCUCGGCCCUGCGCCGUGGUUUCCAGACCUGCGAGCACUGGAAGCAGAUCUUCAUGGAGAUCAUAGGGGUGCAGAGCGCCCUCUAUGGCCUGGCCUUGUCCCUGCUCAUCUGUGUGGCCGCGGUGGCCGUGUUUACCACCCACGUGCUGCUGCUGCUGCCCGUGCUCCUGAGUAUCUUGGGCAUCGUCUGCCUCGUGGUGACCAUCAUGUACUGGAGCGGCUGGGAGAUGGGCGCCGUGGAGGCCAUCUCCCUGUCCAUUCUCGUCGGCUCCUCCGUGGACUACUGCGUCCAUCUGGUCGAGGGCUACCUGCUAGCCGGAGAGAGCCUGCCCCCCCACCAGGCCGAGGACGCCCACUCCCAGCGCCAGUGGCGGACUCUGGAGGCCGUGCGGCAUGUGGGCGUGGCCAUCGUCUCCAGCGCCCUCACCACGGUCAUUGCCACAGUGCCCCUCUUCUUCUGCAUCAUCGCCCCUUUUGCCAAAUUCGGCAAGAUCGUCGCGCUCAACACCGGCGUCUCCAUCCUGUACACGCUCACAGUCAGCACGGCGCUGCUCGCCAUCAUGGCCCCUGGCUCCUUCACGCGCACCAGGACUUCCUUCCUCAAGGCCCUGGGCGCCGUGCUCCUGGCGGGGGCCCUGGGGCUGGGCGCCUGCCUCGCACUGCUCCGGAGCGGCUACAAGAUCCCCUUGCCUGAUGGGACCUCCCUAUAGCCCCGGCACUGGGUCCCCACCUGCUCACUUUGGCCUGGUGCGUGGGGACGAGACGCUUGUUCUAUGACCCCCAGAAGCACUCUUCCCUCCUGGCUCCUGCUUGUUUUGUCCCCAGGCCUGGGCUGGAAGGUGGCCUCAGCACACACGGCCUCAUCACCCUGCCCAGCCAGAGCUGGGGGGUGAGGCCAGCAGCGGCCCGCACUGGGCUCCCCGCAGACAGCGGGAGAGGCCCAUUCUUCUCUCCGGGCCGGUCACCGCAGUGGUCAGGUCACUUUUGCAGGGGUGUCCCUCUCACACUGCGACCAUGCUCACAACAGCUCUCUGAUGUGGGUGUUCCAGGCCCCUAUUUGACGGAUGUGAGAACUGAGGCACCAGGGGUCAAAGUGACGGGCCUCUCACUGGGUCAAUGGCAGAGCCAGAGCUACUGCCUGAGCCCCAUGCCUCCCUUAGGGACUUGGCAGGACAGGCAAGCACAGUGGGUUCAAGGGCAGGGGCUCGUACCCCUGCCUCCCCGCCCCUCCCCUCCGCUUUACCACAGCCAUUGCCAGGUGGUCCCAUGGCCCUCCCCGGGCCUUCGGUCCUGACUAGAGAGGACAGAGGGACCAGCCUGGGGUUCUGCAUGUCCUACCCUUGGCCCCAGCCUCAAGGGACCUUUCUAAGACCCUCCCUGAGGGCUUGGGGGCCCUAGCACAACCUUUCUUACAGUUGCCAUCUCCCCAGCCUGACUCUGGGGGUGGACCAGGGAGACGAGCUGGCCGAGCCUGCUGCCUGCUCACAGCAGAUGGUUCCCAUUACAAUGAAAUGGAACUGCAGACCGCCACCAUUAACACGAGAAUUUUAAGCAUCGCUGGCUCUGUCAUAUUCUUAAAAUGGAGAUAAGUGUUCACGUGCUGCCCAGCCACAAGGACACUGAGGGGAGGAGGGUGCCCAAGCUACUGGGGCUCGGGGCCCUGGGGGUCCGUGCCAGCCCAGGGCAAGACUGGGGGCCUCAGGAGCUCAAUGGAUGCCCCUUUAAGGGGCUCAUCUGGCUCCCCAGGGGGGACACUUUCACAUGCCGUUGGUGUGCCUGGCAUUGUGCUGGACACUGACCUCCCUGGGGACAGACAUUGUCCACCGGACAUUAGGAAGCUGGACACAGACUGAGCUGGGACUGAGCCCUGAGGAUGGGAAAGGCCACAUCAAGGGUGGUCUGUGGCCAGCUCGGCCGGUCAUCAGUAAACGUGAGGGCGCUCAGGGCGCCAGACAUGUAAUGCCACGUCCCCUGCCUAGUGCAGGCCAGGCACCGAGUAGGGGCUUCAUAUUUGCUGAGGGCACAUCAGGCCUUCAGACCCACCAUCUGCGGUGAGACAGCAAACCAGCAACUAAUGGUACAAGCCACCAUGUAGAAGCGACCGUCCCACCCUGAUGCCACGCCACACACUGGGCAGCUUGCAAGAGCAGAAACACACUCCUCACGCUCUGAGGCUGGAAGUCCAAAGUCAAGAUGUGGGCGGCGCUGGUUCCUUCUGGAGGUUUGGGCGGAGUAUCUGUGCUACGUCUGCCUUCCCGUUCCAUUCACAUCGUGUCCCCUCUCAUUCGGACCAGUCAUAUUGGAUCAGGGCCCACCUAAUAAUGACCUCAUCCUAGUCACCUGCAAAAAGACCCCGUUUCCAAAUAAGCUCACAUUCAUAGGUACCAGGGUUCAAAGUAUGUUUUGCGGGGAGAAGAGGGGACACGACACAACCUGUAACAGGAUUGAAUGUGGUCAGCUCGUUCGUUAACCUGAAGGAGCAAGUGCUGUCAUGCCGGUUUCACACGUGGACAAACCAAGACCGAGAAACGGACUUGCCUGGGACAUGCCGCAGGUGACGGUGGAGCCAGACCAAGCCUCACCGGCCUGCCCGAGGGGUGUACACCCCCCGGAGGAUUGUAACUCAGGGUGAUGACAAGGUUGGUGGCGAAGUCAGGAGGCCUGUUCUUAGACAAUUUGGAAUGAAGCCCUUGAGCUUGUGCAUCGCUUCACACGUCAGCGUUUUCCGGGCAGCCUUGCGCCCUGAGCCCUGGGGGAGGGGGACCCCCCCACAAAGAGCACGGGGGCCGAGGGGGCAGGGUCGUGGUGGAGACGACAGCCCUGGGAGCUGAUCAGGGGUUCAGGUGGCCCCACCCAGGGCUCUGGCAGCCCCCUCAGGUGGGGCAUACAACUGGAGGAUGGAGGAGAAAUGGAGCCCCUCCCCCCAACCCCUUCCCAUGACCCCUGUGGGAGGUACAGGAAGCUUAUGGGAGGGGCCAGGUGGGGAAGGGGCGGGGCUGGCAAGUGGACAAGACUUCCAGAAGGUGGAGGAAAUGACUUCUGUUUCCAAGUCUUGGUCCUGGGACCUUCCCAGUAACCCAGGUUCCCUGCAGAGGCACAGGCACGAGCGUAUCACUUGCGUGCAGCCCAGACAAUGCCCGUUUGUAAAGAGACCUCACUGAACCUAUGCCUCUGCCUCAAAGAAACGGUUCCUCUUCCUUCCCCUUGGUCUUGAUCUUUCCUGAGUGUUGUGCAGUUGUUAGGCUGGCAGGUCAAGGGCGGAGGAGGCAAGGCCCUGGUGUCACUGUCCCCUGCCCACCCCAGGGCUGCCCUGCAUCAGCGUGACCCUCAUAACUCUCCUGUGAGCUGGCUCCCCUCUUACAGAUCAGCGCCCUGGGGCCCCAGAGGGGCAGACGAGUCCACACAGCAUACCACCAGGGACUCAGGCCCCUGGGUCCUGCCCCACUCCGCCUACCUGCCAGGCCCACCCUCUGCAGACGUCAUUCUCAACCUCAGAAUGUCCUCUCCUCAAAAUUGGCCUGUCCUGGUCCCUUAGGCCCUGAAAGGUGAUGGCUCUGUCCAGCUCCCAACAGGUAACUCUCCCCUCCUAGGCGCAGCGGCCCAGGCAAGGCUGAGGGAAGGGCGGGGCGACUGGGAACUUCGGCCACACACUUGUCUGCUACCUGCCUACA